UCUCUUAGAGCGGCUGCAACGGGAGUCCGUCAUGAGUCCGUAGCCCAAGUCCUUAGGAUAUUUGAAUAAAAAUAUUGUGAAAUGGGCUUCUUUUUGGACGGAUUUGUACGGAUCAAUCCGUUAAUAAGGGAUCGAAGGAUUGAGUCCUUCGUGUACACGUGGCGUGAGAUGGUUGGGCCUUGGAUACUUUUGUGUUCCGUUUAGGUGAAAAAAAAAAUCAUUUGCGUUUGAAUCCAAGGAAAAAAAAAUCAGAGCUCAAGUGAAGAGGCGAUUUCUCUCCUUCGUCGAUCGUCGGCUUCCGUUAUCUUCAAAGGCAAAUCCCGUUCCUCUGUGUAGAUUUAAGCAUAGGUUAGCUUCGUUGUUGUUCUCGUGACCGUCUUUGGUUCGUAUUUCCGUCGAAUCGAAUUGGGGAUUUCUUCGAUUUAGGGUUUCAAAAAGUUUCGAUUUUAGAAUUUGUUUUGAAUUCGUUUAUGUUCAAUUGGGGAUCAUUUUGUUUGUAGUUUGGGUUUCAAUUCGUUUUGGGUUUCAAAACACGAAUUGUUUUCAGUGAAGAUUUUGUCAUCGAUUUGUUUUCCUUGUAUUGUUUAGCUUCCAUGUAUAGAUAGGUUACUUGUAUUGUUUUGAGCUAAUCUUAUUUUCUGCUUAGUUCCAAAACUACUUAACUAGAUCCCUCAUUCGUGUCUGUUGUUGCGUUUUGUUAUUAAUAUUUUUUUUUCUUAUUCGCUAACAUAGUUGCUCUUACCAUAAUUUCUGCAGGCGAACGAACCAUGGGCCAAGACUAUAGCUACACUCAGCCUUCUUCUUCGUCAGAGGAGUUAGACAUCACCUCUUUAAUUGUAGCAGAAGGUGAACUCUACGCCAAUGAAGUUGAGAGUAAUAACUUCACAAUUUCACAGGAGUAUCAGUACGCAGCUGCACCUGAGGCCGAUGAAGGGAUACCAAGGACAUGCUAUUGCGGUAGUGAGCCUGUAGUUAAAACGUCGUACACUCCAAAAAAUCCAUACAGGAGGUACUUCUCCUGCAACAACGUCGACGAUGGAGAGUGCCACAUCUGGAAAUGGUGGGAUGUGGCACUGCAAGAAGAGCUCCGUGAAACGCAAAUACAACUUAGGAUGCUCAAGGAUCAAUUCUUUGAGAGUGACCAGAAGGUGGCUAAGCUAGAGAAGAUCUUACGUGUGCUAAGUAAGAAGACAGCAGUGGCUAAAUAUCGGUUUGCGAAGGGAGUUUGUCUACUGCUCUUGCUAAUACUGGUCAUCGUAAUGUGGAGGAAGAGCCUCGGAGGAUUUAAACAUCAGUGUCUGAACUCGAGUUGGCCUUCAAAGGUACUAUACUUAUUAUAGUUUAGAUAUAUUUAGUAAAUUAAAAAUAACCUCUUUCUUCAUGCUUUAAUGAUACUUCCUAACUCCUUCGAUUUGAUAGAAUCGUACUUGUUAGCUUUAAGUGUAGCUACUAUAGAACUUAUUAUGCUGAUAAGAGUGGUGGUAAAUGCUUGUUUGCUUUCUACUGGUGGUAAAUGCUAGUUUGCUUUGUAGUGGUGGUAAAUGCUAGUUUGCUUUCUAUCUGCCAAACUAAAUGCUAAAUCACUUUCUAUCGCUUACUUAAGGGUCUGUGUUGCUAAUAGAGUAACACAGACCAUCAUCUAAAAUGAAUACCAGUAGUGGGUACGUUAAUCUGUUGAAUAGUCAGAGUUCAGUUGACCUUGAGUCACCCGAACCAGCUUGGUUCGGUAGCCAAGGUCGUGACGAGUAUGUUUUCAACCCUGCUGUCGAGUCUUCUGUCCAGCCUGGUAUCGAGUCUUCUGUCCAGCCUUCUGCCUCAGAGAGGAGAAAAUGGACUGUCAGUGAGGAUAAAAUCCUCAUUGGUGCGUGGCUUAACACCAGCAAAGACCCCGUAGUGAGCUGUGAACAGAAGGUAGAACGUUUCUGGAAGAGAAUCGUUGACUACUACAACGCAAGCCCACAAUUGGUUGGGCAAGUACCUAGAGAGGUUCGUCCAGCAAAGCAGAGGUGGUCUAGGAUUAACGACCAAGUCUGUAAAUUCGUUGGAUGCUAUGACGCGGCGUUGAGGGGGCAGAGAAGUGGUCAGAAUGAAGACGAUGUAAUGAAAGCUGCCCUUGACUCUUUCUACACCAUUUACGGGCACAAGUUCGGCGUCGAACAUGCGUGGAGGGAGCUGAGGCAUGACCAGAAAUGGCAAGCGACCUAUACGGUUAAAGACGGAGAGAAGGAGAAGCGCAAACAAGUCCACGAUGUUGAUACAGAAGAUGAAGUGGCCGAACCUGAAAUUAGACCAAUUGGUGUGAAAGCGGCUAAAGCUGCUGGUAAGAGGAAGAAGAGUGGCAAGGAAGAAGAGAUGUCACAGCUCCAGUCGAUCUUGCAAAUGAAAGAUAAACUCUCAAAACAAAAAAUCCUAGAACGUUUAUUUGGAAAAAAAGAUCCACUCUCUGAGGUGGAAGAAUCACUCAAACUGAAACUGAUGAAUGAGCUGUUAUGAAGCUAGUAAGGUAUUAAUGUGCGUAUGUAGUUGCAUUGUAUAGUUAGAUGUCGUCUCUACUUGGAUUGAGUAGUUAGUUUGAGCGGUUACUUUGACUAGUUACUUUGAGUAGUUACUUGGAUUAGUUACUUUGACUAGUUACUUUCACUAGUUACUUAUAGUAGUUACUAACACUUGUCUUUUCUCAUGUUUCAGGUACAGCAGCAGGACAUGUGAACCAAGUCACGGGUGCGUUUGGAAUCUCGAAGUGUGUUGUUGUAUUGCGAGUCACGGGUUGAUGUUUUGUUUAAGUAGUAGUAGUAUAAGUAACCCUCUCUGUUUGCGUUUCUCUCUAUCAAACUUCUUUCCUAUCUAUUAAAGGUGUAAUCUUCUUGCUGUAAUCUUGUUGCUACAAACUCGGCCUCAAUUUCAAGUUGUUGUAAUCGAAGAAGUUUUAGGUAACUUCUCUUUAUGUUCUCUUUCAUCAGCAGUCUUUGUUUAAUGUUUUGGCUAACUUCUCAUCAGCUUCUCUGUCAUUAUUACGAGUCAAAAAUAUGUGUAGUUAAUCAUAAAUAUGUGAAGUUAAUCAUAACAACUAUAUAGAUUUUGCUCAAAUAUGUGAAGUUAAUCAUUACUCUAUUACUCUAUUACAGAAUGUUGCUCAAAAAUAUGUGAAGUGCUCGUGACAACUAUAUAGAUUUUAACUUAUUUGGACAUGCGAGUCAGUAACUUAUAAUUACUCUAUUACAUCUAAUUUGGAGUAAGAUUGAUAAAACGGAAAUGUGAAUCUGUUACAUAAUUUUAACUAAUAGAUUUAAAACUUGUACAAUAAAAUUAUUUUUGAAACAGGAUAUCUAGAAAUGUCAUCAUCUUCAUCGGAUGAAUUCGAAGAGAGAUUGGACGAAGUUUUCGAUGAAAUCUUUGAAGAUACUUUCAACAAUAUAGUGGAGGCCCAAUCCAUACCGCCAAGUAGACGUGCUUAUGUGGAACGAAACCGCGAAGGAGGACACGUCCGCUUAUGGAAUGACUACUUUAGCGAAGAUUGUACAUUUCCGGCACAUUUAUUCAGACGCCGUUUCCGCAUGAAUAAGGAAUUAUUCUUGCGUAUUGUCCAUGGCCUAUCAGAGUGGUUUCCAUUCUUUCAGCAAAGAAGAGAUGCAACCGGGAGGUUCGGUCUUUCUCCAUUACAAAAAUGUACGGCAGCUAUUCGUAUGCUUGCUUAUGGUUCUGCGGCUGAUGCGGUUGACGAAUAUCUCCGACUUGGUGAGUCCACUGCACUUUCGUGUUUACAUAAUUUCACUGACGGAAUAAUACAAUUAUUUGGAGAAGAGUAUCUACGACGACCCACCCCCGAGGAUCUACAACGACUACUCGAUAUUGGAGAGAAACGAGGGUUUCCUGGGAUGGUCGGGAGCAUUGACUGUAUGCACUGGGAGUGGAAAAAUUGCCCAACCGCUUGGAAAGGACAGUACACACGUGGAUCAGGAAAACCGACAAUUGUCUUAGAGGCUGUUGCUUCACAAGAUCUUUGGAUAUGGCACGCUUUUUUUGGUCCUCCAGGUACGUUAAAUGAUAUCAAUGUCCUCGAUCGGUCUCCUGUUUUUGAUGACCUUUUAGAAGGUCGAGCUCCGAGGGUAAAGUACAUGGUCAACGGACACAUGUAUAAGUUGGGGUACUACCUCACAGACGGUAUAUAUCCAAAAUGGUCAACAUUUAUCCAAUCUAUCACCCUCCCUCAAACUCCUCAACAAGAGUUAUUUGCUAAAGUUCAAGAAGCAACCCGAAAAGAUGUGGAGCGGGCUUUUGGAGUAUUGCAAGCUCGAUUUGCGAUUGUGAGAAACCCGGUAAAAACAUUGGAUAGAGCAAAGAUAGGGAAGAUUAUGAGAGCUUGUAUCAUACUCCACAAUAUGAUUGUCGAAGAUGAACGGGAUGGAUACUCUCCUAUUGAUAUAUCUGAAUUUGAAGAAGGAGACGUCCCCAGAUGUUCACAGGUGGAAACCGAGAUGCCAACUAAUAUGAAUAAUAUAUUUCCCACGCGGAAUGAUCUACGUGAUAGGCAAACGCAUGAACGAUUGAAAAAUGAUUUAAUUCAAAAUAUUUGGAAUAAAUUUGGUGAUGAAGAUUAGGAAUUUUUCUAUAUUUAUGUUAAAUAAUUGUUUUUAUCUUUAAUUGUUGUAUUUUUAUGUUUAAUUAAUGUAUUUUAUGUUUAAUUAUUGUAUUUUAUGUUAAUUUAUGGUAUUUAUUCAUCUAAUAUAUGAAAAAUUUAUUUCACUAAAAAAUCAUUUUUUUAUUCCUAAGGAUUCUAAUUUUGGGAUCAUCAUUGUACAUACAUUUUUCACAAGAGUCCUUAACUAUUCAAAAAAAAAAAAAAAAAAAAAAAUAUU